AUGGAUUCUAAUUACUUACCUGACUUUAACAUCGAGUUAGAUCUCAAUGACUUGGGAUUUAAUUAUGGACUGGCCAAUCCGUUCAUCUUACAAGAUGCUGCUGAACAGAUAAUGAAUAGGGACAAAGAUGAUAGUCAAAUUACUAUAAAUAGGGUGUACCCCGAAAGUGGCGAAGAAUUCAAUGAUUUGAACAGUUCCGAAGGUGAAAGAGGGGGAAGUGAAAAAUCAGGUAGUGAAACUGGGGGUGGUGACAUUAAACAUAAAAAGUAUAAGGGUAGUGAUAAGAGCGAUAAAAGUAGUGAUAAGAGCGGUAGCGAUAAUGAAAGACCCCAUAAAGAAGAUGAGCUCGUCUUAUAUAAAGGCAGAAAGAUCCUCAGGAGUGAGCGAUUAAGGCAAAUGAGAGAAAGUCAAAGGAAGUUAAGGAAAGCUCGAGUCAAUGAGGUUUCUACAUUGAAGUUGGAAAACGAUCGUUUAAGAUCGGAAAUGGAAAUGUUGAAAAAUGACACUUCAAUGUUCUUAUCAGUGCUUACCAGGGAAAUGCCCAACUACUCCAUCGGUAGAUUAUUACAGCAUGUGCCUCCCAUGAGAAUAUCUUCAACGUUUGUUGAUUAUCCCACAUUUAUUAACGCUUAUAAGAAACAGCCUAUUGAUAAAUUAUACACCAAUGGGAAAUUUUUCUUACAAUCUUAUACCUCAACCAUAUUCAAAGCUAUAAUGACAAGAUGGAAGGCAAGUAUAGCACAAAAUGUCGAUCCUUAUUGUAAAAGUUUCAUUUAUAUGCCAAUUUAUGGAUAUUCAUUAUUUGCAAAAUAUUUCCGAGAGGUAGAAUAUAGUAUGAAAAAUAACACAAUCCCCAGCGACUGGUUAAAGAAUGAUGAUAGACUUCCACCCGAUUCUUUAUCAAUAACGGGAUUGAUUCAAACAUUGUUGGACUUCAAAGAUCUUGAUAAACUAAGUUUUGAAAUUUUAAUUUCAAUAUUGAUAAGGUACAAUUUCGCCACACCUGCUGGUCCAACUAUACUUAGAGCUGAUCUCGAGAAAGCGAUAGAGAGAGCGACAUCAGUGGAUGGUGAUGUUGGAUUCCUAUCACAUAAUUCAAGUUGUCUUCCAACCUAG